GCGUGUGUCCCUCGGUCGGUUGACCUGUUCUCGUAUCCUUGUCUGCCCCCUCGUCUGUCAUCAUGUCCCGUUGUCUUGCCCUGGCUCGGUUCGCACUCGGUUCCUCUCAGAGGACCAGCUCACGGCUAAUGACAUGUGCGCGAGGGCUGAGCAGCAGAACUGUUUCGCGCUCCUUGACUGCAGAUUUGCAGGUUGGACAGCAGCAGAGGUGGAGCACUCUGCCCAAAGUGUGGAGCGCUCAGCGGUCCUGCCUCAACUUCUGCCAGCAGUCUUACUACAGCACCCAGGAGGCAGAGAAAGAGCCUGAGGAAGAGCCCCUGCACACCAUCAUCAGUGACACAGAGUCUGUGCAAGGUAGCUUCUCCAAACAUGAAUUUCAGGCUGAAACAAAAAAGCUGCUGGACAUUGUUGCCAGGUCCUUGUACUCAGAGAAAGAGGUGUUCAUCAGGGAGCUGAUCUCCAAUGGUAGUGACGCUCUGGAAAAACUGCGUCACAAACUGAUCACAGCAGGAGGUGAAACAGCUCCCAUGGAGAUCCACCUGCAGUCUGACGCUGCCAAGGGCACCUUCACCAUCCAGGACACUGGAGUGGGCAUGAACCAAGAGGAGCUGGUGGCCAACCUGGGGACCAUCGCCCGCUCCGGUUCAAAGGCAUUUUUGGACGCUCUGCAGAACCAGGCGGAGGCCAGCAGCACCAUCAUUGGUCAGUUUGGGGUUGGAUUCUACUCUGCCUUCAUGGUAGCUGACCGUGUGGACGUGUACUCCCGCUCUGCUGAGCCCGGGGCACCUGGAUACAAGUGGUCCUCAGACGGCUCUGGUGCUUUUGAGAUCGCUGAAGCCAGUGGUGUUCAACAGGGGACAAAGAUUGUGCUGCACCUCAAGGACGACUGCAAGGAGUUUUCCGCUGAGGACAGAGUUAAAGAGGUCGUAACAAAGUACAGCAACUUUGUGAGCUUCCCCAUCUUUCUGAAUGGACGGAGGCUCAACACUCUACAGGCCUUGUGGAUGAUGGAGCCUAAGGAGAUUAGUGACUGGCAGCAUGAGGAAUUCUACCGCUACGUGGCCCAGGCCUACGACAAACCCCGCUACACGCUGCACUACCGCGCUGACGCCCCGCUCAACAUCCGAAGCAUCUUCUACGUCCCUGAUGCGAAGCCGAGCAUGUUUGACGUGAGCAGAGAGAUGGGCUCCAGCGUGGCUCUGUACAGCAGGAAGGUCCUGAUCCAGACCAAAGCGACUGAAAUCCUCCCCAAGUGGCUGCGCUUCCUCCGAGGUGUGGUGGACAGUGAGGACAUCCCUCUGAAUCUGAGCAGAGAGCUGCUGCAGGAGAGCGCCCUCAUCAGGAAGCUUCGUGACGUUUUGCAGCAGAGGGUGAUCCGCUUCCUGCUGGACCAGAGCAAGAAGGAGCCAGAGAAGUACAGCAAGUUCUUUGAGGACUAUGGCCUCUUCAUGAGGGAGGGCAUCGUCACCACCCAGGAACAAGAUGUCAAGGAGGAUAUUGCGAAGCUGUUGAGGUAUGAGUCGUCUGCUCUCCCAGCGGGUCAGCAGACCAAUCUGAUGGAGUACGCCUCUCGAAUGAAGGCUGGCACACGCAACAUCUACUAUCUGUGCUCCCCCAACCGCCAUCUUGCAGAGCACUCCCCCUACUAUGAGGCCAUGAAACAGAAAGACAUGGAGGUGCUCUUCUGCUACGAGCAGUUUGAUGAGCUGACGCUGCUCCACCUCAGGGAGUUUGACAAGAAGAAGCUGAUCUCAGUGGAGACAGACAUUGUGGUGGAUCACUACAAGGAGGAGAAGUUUGAGGACAUCAAACCAGCGUCUGAGCGUCUGACACAGGAGCAGGCCGACGACCUGAUGGCCUGGAUGAAGAACGCCCUGGGUCCACGAGUCACUAACAUAAAGCUUACUCCUCGUCUGGACACCCACCCAGCUAUGAUCACCGUGCUGGAAAUGGGUGCUGCUCGCCACUUCCUCCGCACCCAGCAGCUAGCCCGCACCGCUGAGGAGAGAGCUCAGAUACUGCAGCCCACAUUGGAGAUCAAUGCUGGACACGAUCUGAUCAAGAAGUUGCACAGUCUGAAAGACACAGACUCUGACCUGGCUGGACUGCUACUGGAGCAGAUCUAUGACAACGCCAUGAUCACAGCAGGCCUGAAUGAUGAUCCCCGACCAAUGAUUUCCCGCUUGAACGAUCUACUGACUAAAGCUUUGGGGAAGCACUGAGAGCUACAUACAGACAUGAACUUGGUUUUGAUGACUGAAGCAUUUACAGCAGCCGAUGGGCCUACAAAGCUGGAGAACUGCAGUUUCUAAAGAGCACUACAGGCCUUAUCUGUCUCUUUCCCCUCUGGCGUACUUCAUUUCCCCCUGGAGGAGAGCACAUACGGGCUGGGGAAAGAUGAACUGCUAGCAGCAUCUGAGAGAGCUUUUCCAUAAACAUUUCUAUGUCGUCACGCUCUUUGUUCAGCACUAUUUCAUCAGGAGUUUCAAAUUUUGUGCAUAUAAUUUAAAAGAUUGUGCUGUACACCUGUCUUUUCAGUGUGACGUUCACACUCCGAUGUAAAAAAAUUGAUUUUUUCUGACAUUGGCAUCUGGUUUUCACGGCCACAAACAAUGCAAAGAUGAAGGGAGAAAGAAGUGGUGGAGACGCAUUAAAAAAAGAUUCAGUUCAAAAGUGUGGAAGUAAGAAAAUCUGGUUUCUCGAAUCUCAUUUCAAAAUCCUGUUGAAAUGCCAUGUGUAAUAACAACUAACCGUUGUUAGUGUGCGUUCGGUAAGCUGUAAGAGACAGAUGACAGUUCAUUUACAAAUGCAAAAUGUCCUGCUGAAAAGAGCAGUUUUCUAUUUUUCUGUUUUCAAUUUUUCAUCUUUUCUU